AUGGAACCGACGGAGGUACUCGAUUGGCCGCAAAAGAACGGUGGCAGUAGUGAUUGCGUUCCCAUCGAUGGCCACCAGGAGCAACCACACGGCCACAACAAUGGCGACGGUUGCUGUCCUGUACCGAAGCUGGCUUCACCACGUCCCUCGAGUCCUGCCGAGAAUGGAGCUCUUGCGCGUAGUAAUUCACGCCCGAACUCAACCGAUGACGGCAACCUGCUGUCACCAAACACGUCCCGUUCGAGCAUGUCCCAGUCGGUGUCCCCGCAACACCACCAUCUCUCACCGUCACACGGACGCCCUGCACCAACCGAUUCGCUCUGCUCACUCGAAGAGCUAGACGAGGUGGGUGCGUUUUUCGAGGAGCAUUCGGCCGCCAUUGAGCGAUGGUUUCGCGAGCGGGCUCCAUCCGAUGUCGUCAGUAAGCUGCAGUCAAUUACCGCCGGGGACGCGGCCAAAUCGCCGAGAUCACCCCACCGGGCGUCGGUUACGUCGGACCUGUUUCAACAGUGGCUCGCCUCGUCACCCGUCAAGAAAUGCCGCUCACCGACCUCCCGGAGUUCGAUCUCGAACCGCAGCCAUUUGGCCGACCUGGACGAGGGUGAGCUGUUCAUGGAGCUGAUACGGGACGUGGCGAACGAGCUCGACAUCGACGUGCUGUGCCACAAGAUCCUGGUCAACGUGGGCCUUCUGACGCACGCCGACCGCGGUUCACUAUUCCUCGUCAAUGGGCCACCGACCGGGAAGUAUCUGGUCGCCAAGCUGUUCGACGUAACGCAAAACACCCCGCUGGACGAAGCAGUUCGGCGAGCGAAACAGGACGAAAUCAUCAUCCCGUUCGGUGUCGGAAUCGCCGGAACGGUCGCGCAAACUAACGAAACCAUCAACAUCAAGGAAGCGUACAAGGACCCACGCUUCAACAGCGAGAUCGAUCAGAAGACGGGCUACAAAACCAACAUCAUCCUGUCGAUGCCGAUCUGCAAUUACGAGGGCCAGGUGAUCGGAGUAGCGCAGAUCAUCAACAAGACGAAUGGCUCACCCGAGUUCACGGAACGGGACGUCGAGAUCUUUCGCCGCUAUCUGACGUUUUGUGGCAUCGGCAUCCAGAACGCGCAGCUAUUCGAGAUGUCCGUCCAGGAGUACCGACGCAACCAGAUCCUGCUCAAUCUCGCCCGCAGCAUUUUCUCCGAGCAGAACAACCUGGAGUGCCUGGUGACGAAGAUCAUGACCGAGGCCCGGGAACUGCUCAAAUGCGAACGGUGUGCGGUCUUUCUGCUCGAUCUCGACUGCGGUGAAGCGAAUCAUCUCGAGCGGAUAUUGGAACGGCCGGAGAGGACGGCCCAUCAGACGUUAUCGCGCCGCACAAGCCAUAACGUCGACGUCGAGGAUGUGCUCCAGCAGCAGAACACGACUUCGACGCGAUUCACGAUGAUAUUCGAGCUUGGCAGCAGCCAGCAGUCAUCGGCAAACAUCCUCCGGCCGUCGGUGAGCGAUCUGAAUAGUUCCAUGCUUGCGCAGAUCGCGGAGUACGUGGCUGCGACGUGCGAAACGCUCAACAUCAGUGAUGUGCUCGAGUGGCUCAAGGAUAAACCAAUUGGCCACCGACAGCCUACGGUGGCACCAGCACCGGCCACUGAUGGGACAGUCGCCACAGCAGACUCUUUCGAAGAGACGCACAGCGUCAAAUCGAUCCUCUGCAUGCCGAUCAUCAACGGGCAGAAGACGGUCAUCGGUGUAGCUCAAUUAAUUAAUAAGCAUAAUGAUCUACAAUUUACCAACUGUGAUAUCUCCAUCUUCGAGGCGUUCGCCAUCUUCUGCGGGCUCGGCAUCCACAACACGCAGAUGUACGAGAGCGCCUGCAAGCUGAUGGCGAAGCAGAAGGUCGCCCUCGAGUGUCUCUCCUACCACGCGACCGCUAGUCAGGACCAGACGCUGAAGCUGGUCAACGAUACCAUCCAGUCGGCCGAAGAGUACAAGCUGUAUAGUUUUAAAUUCAUCGAUUUCGAUCUCGACGACGAUGAUACGUGCCGGGCUGCGGUCAGGAUGUUUCUGCAGUGCAAUCUGGUCCAACAGUUCCACAUUCCGUACGACGUUCUGUGCCGCUGGAUACUGAGCGUGCGGAAAAACUACCGUCCCGUCAAGUACCACAACUGGCGCCACGCGCUGAACGUGGCCCAGACGAUGUUUGCGAUGAUGAAAACCGGCAAGAUGGAGCGCUUCAUGACGGAUCUGGAAAUUCUGGGCCUGCUCGUCGCCUGCCUCUGUCACGACCUGGAUCACCGGGGCACAAACAACGCGUUCCAGUCGAAAACCGACAGCCCGUUGGCCAUCCUUUACACGACCAGCACGAUGGAGCACCACCACUUCGACCAGUGUGUCAUGAUACUGAACUCCGAGGGUAACAACAUUUUCCAGGCCCUGUCCCCGGAGGACUUUCGCACGGUGAUGAAGGUCGUCGAGACGGCCAUCCUUUCCACGGAUCUGGCGAUGUACUUCAAGAAGCGCAACCAGUUCCUCGAACUGAUCGAGAACGGCGAGUUCGAUUGGCAAAGCGAGGAGAAAAAGGAAGUCCUGUGCGGCAUGAUGAUGACGGCAUGUGACGUGAGUGCGAUUGCGAAACCGUGGGAGGUCCAGCACCGGGUGGCCAAGCUCGUAGCGGACGAGUUCUUCGACCAGGGCGAUCUGGAAAAGCUGCAGCUCAAUCAGCAACCCGUCGCGAUGAUGGAUCGCGAGCGUAAGGACGAGCUGCCCAAGAUGCAGGUUGGGUUCAUUGACGUCAUCUGCCUGCCGCUGUACAAGGUCCUGACGGAGGCGUUCCCCUGGAUCAGUCCACUGUACGACGGCACGAUGGAUAACCGGCAGCACUGGCACGAUCUGGCCGAGAAGGUGGAGAUGGGUCUGACCUGGAUCGACCACGACACGAUCGACAAACCGGUGGAGGAGUUCGCUGCGGGCAAGGAACCGUUGGCCGACAUCGAGUUCACGGUGACAACACUCAACUGCGCGCAUCCGACGGACGAACGAACGGAGACGACACCAGUGCACGAGCGGAAACCACGCUUCAGCAGUCUCCGGAAGACAGGCGCCCUCGGGAAAGCCGUCCGGAACAAGCUGUCCAAGUCGGUGCAUCACAACACGCCCGGAACCGAUCGACCAGCGUCCAUCGCUUCCCAGCCCGGUAGUAACAAGGACGAACCGGUUGGCUUGUGUUGCGAGCAGCCAGCACUACAAGGCGAAACCGGAAGUGACUGUACCGGGGAAUCGCACCAGCAUCAGUCGCAGCCGCAAGAGUCCUCACAAUCGGUGCCAGUAACGCCAGCCAGUGGGUUGCCACCAUCUCAGCUGCCGGAUGGUGCCAGUGGCGAGCAAAUUCCACCGAAGCAUCCCACCAAACCGGUCAAAAAGCGCUCCAAACUGUGCAUGCUUUUGUGA